GUACGGAUACACAUCAUAAGAAGAACAAGACAGACACAAUGGGCAAGAAGAUUGAAUGUUACCUAGAUUGCGUAUCGCCAUACAGCUUCUACGCUCUCACCUAUCUCCAGAAAAACAAGGCUGCUCUGGAGAGUCUGGGUGUGGAGAUUGAAUACAUUCCUGUCUUCUUGGGCGGGAUCAACGUGGGCAGCGGAAACAAACCUCCCUGGACCCUCCCCGCAAAAGCAGCCUACUCCAAAUUCGACGGCCAACGAGCCCAGAAGUACUUCGGCCAUGACUUCCAAAUACCCUCUUUCUUCCCCAUUUUGUCUCUACUGCCCCAAAGAGCCCUAACCCACAUCAAAAAAUCCUACCCCACACCAACCCUCGAAGCCGCCUUCCUCGCCUGCUACGACACAAUGUGGAACGGCCAAGUCGACAUCUCCAAGCCCGAACACCUAGCCACCGCCCUGGGCAAGGUCUUCCGUUCCGAGCAGGAAGUCCGCGACGUGAUUGCGGCCGCGUCGUCCCCGGAGAUCAAGGCGGAUUUGUCGGCCGUGACGGAGCGCGCUGUCAAGGAGCUCGGCGCGUACGGAUGCCCUUGGUUUUGGGUGACGAAUGAGGAGGGAACGUCGGAGCCGUUUUUUGGGAGCGAUCGGUGGCAUUUUAUGUGGCAGUAUUUGGGGCUGCCGUUUGAGGAUUUGAGGUUGCUUCCUGCUGGGGGGUCGAAGCUGUAGUUUGCUUUGAUUGUAGGUUACUGUGUGAGUGUCUG